AUGGAUCCUCAGGCUUCAAAGAUAAGAGAGCAACUCAGUCGCUUUCGAAUCCUCAUCAUUGGAAGAGCGAACGCAGGGAAAACUACCAUUCUCCAGAGGGUUUGUGACACACGUAAGAAACCAGAAAUAUAUAACAGCGCCGGGAAAAAGCGCGGAUUGCACAAUAUCGAGAAUGAAAUGAUCUUUCGAAGCAACCCAGGAUUCGUCUUUCACGAUUCACGCGGGUUUGAGGCAGGCGGGGACUCUGAAUUUGACAAGGUGAAGGCAUUUAUCGCAGGCCGUUCUAAGGAAACCAGUUUAAAGGAUCGAAUCCACGCCAUAUGGUAUUGCAUCCCAAUGGACGAGGCAAGCAGAUCUUUCACACAAGGCGAAGUUAAAUUUUUCUCUCAGUGCGAUACUGGAAGCAUUCCAGUGAUCGUAUUAUUUACCAAAUUCGAUGCCUUCUACGAUGUCGAAUUCGCACAGCUCAGAGAGAACGGAGCAUCGAGGGAGGAGGCUAAAGAAUUGGCCCCGAAGCUCGCCAAGGAGUCAUUUGUGAACGGGCCACAACUGAAGUUUCUCUACAACCCCGAAGAAAUGCUACGGCCUCCAAAGUGUCACGUAUGCCUUCCUAACAUGGACAAGGAUGACGCAGACUGUGGGCCCCUCAUCGAACGCACUGCUGGAACUCUGGACGACGAGGCCCUUAAGCAGUUGUUCGUCUCAACUCAGCAGACCAACUUGGAACUUUGCAUGAAAUAUGCAGUUGAACACUCAGUUAUGGAAUUUGCUGGCUCUGCCUCAUCCACGGAUCACGCGGAGGUAAUAGACAAAUUGGGUGCCUGGUUUCCACACAUUUAUGUGAGAUUUCCGGAUUGUUGA